AUGCUUCUGGAGCGCGAGGACAGCUUCAUGUCGGAGUUUGAGGACGCGUGCAGCGCCUGGGUGGACAGCGUGGGCUCGAGCCCCAGCGACGCAGCUGACUCUGACGUGGGAUCACCUUUCUGCCAAGUUUUCUCUCCGGGAACUGACGCCUCUGACUCAGAUUUCUUCUCCGACUUCAGCGACUGCUCCUCGGACACGCUCUCCCCCUCCCUCGGUUACACCGGCAGCUUUUUCACCGAGCCGGAGACGGUACCGGCGGGUCUGAGCAGCACUGCGGACGCCAUCCUCAACAUGAUCACUGAGAUCGUCGGUAUCUGCACCGAGAUGGAGCAGCAAAGCGAGUCAAGCCCAGCCUCUGCGGCUCCCUCCCCGCCCGCAGCCUCCAUCUCGCCCCCGCUUUUCGCUCCAUCUCCAGCAGUGGUUUCCACCGACAUGAGCCCCCCCUCCCUGCCCGCAGCCUCCACCUCUCAGCCUAUGGUGGUGGUGAAGAGCGAGUUUGUGACCUCCAGCUGCAGCAGCGGGUGUGGACACUCUGCAGUGACCGGGAAUGAUGCGCUCUACCCGGCCAACUCUGACUCUCUCCUCCCGCUGUCUGCUCUGGAGCAACAGGUGGAUGUGGCUGAUUUUAUCGACUCUCUGCUCAGCUCUGAGGCCGGCCUGGGAGAGCUGAAGCCCGGCUGUGAGAUCAAGCAGGAGCCGGUGGGGCUGGAGGAUUGGCUGAAGAGCUUAGCGGCGGCUCCGGUUACCGGGGGAGACUCCGGUAGCUACGUCAUCAGCAGACCUGUAGUGAAGACGGAGCUCGUGCAGACCGGGAGCCCCCCCUCCUCCCUCCCCUCCCUACCCUCCACCCUGGACGCGCAUCUCCUGUCCUCCCUCCUGCAGGGCGCGUUCCCGAUAGUCAACCUCAGCAGCGUGCACGCGACAGGAGCCCCCAAACUGUCACGCGGGGGCAGGAGAUCUCCCGCCAAGGGCCUCAAGGCGAAACCGUUCACGUGCUCGGUGCAAGGCUGCGACCGGCGCUUCUCGCGCUCGGACGAGCUCAACAGGCACGUGCGCAUCCACACCGGACAGAAGCCUUUCCAGUGCACCAUUUGCGCACGCAGCUUCAGCCGCAGCGACCACCUGACCACGCACACGCGCACACACACGGGGGAGAAGCCUUUCUCCUGCGAUGUGUGCGGCAAGAGGUUCGCGCGCAGCGACGAGAGGAAGAGGCACGGGCGCGUGCACGUCAAGCAGCAGCUGCGCGCACAGAUGAUGGCCGCGUACUCGCUGGCCCUGAACGCGCCUGGAGUCUGA